AUGGCUUUUGCUGGCAUGUGGGGAGGAUUUUUGGACCGAAACGAGGAAAACAUUGAAAAAUCCAGCUUUGGAGGUCAAAUGCCAGCAGUGCGCUUGUAUGACGAGCGGGGGAAUCUGCUGGGACACGCGUCCCAAUACAAAACCAUUCCCGAAGGCAAUUUCAGGGACUAUGCCAUUGAGCCCUCUGACGGCAAUAAUCGACGGCCGUCAUACGUCCAACUCCUUGAGAAUGGCAACGACGCGAUCUGCAUUGCCGGCAUCGGGUUGAAGUUCCCGGACGGCAGUGAGGCUCUCAUCUACGGCGACAUCCCCCACAAGCUCUGUGGCUGGCAGGGUUUCAUAUCAACCACGGAAGUAGAUACCAAAGGGUCGGGUGCUAAUGGGCAUCGCCCGUAUUGUUUUUGGCUUGACGGUGACGAUACGGGGUACGUUAGCCAAGAAAAACAGCAACACCCACACAACCAAGUGGUCGGAUUCCACAUGCCGAGAAGCGUCAGCUUCCACAUACCGGACUUCGACGGCCAGAACGGCACCAUCGCGGCCUAUAAGAACGAUAAGGCGCUCAUGUGCGGAAGCGCGCCUCGCCUCGACGCCGAGUUCAAAAAGACGAGCUCGAUCCCCGUAUUCAAGCCGCAGUUGGUCUACCCGGAUGCUGGGAUUCCGGAGGAAGAGCAAAAGCCAACCUACUUGGAUCCUGCCUAUGUGCGCAAUCCGAACUCCACGAGGACGGCUAGAAGGGAACCAUGGCCUCUGAGCCAACAAGCCAGCAGUUACGACUGUAUAGCCGGUCUUUGGGGCGACAAGGACCAGUGCAAAGAGGGUCACAGCAUCCGGUCAGCAUCGCCCCUUGACGCGUCGGAGAAGCCGGGCGACGAGUCAGAAGGCCCCCGUGGUGAUGGCGUUGCCGCCUCAGCGCCUCCAGCACGCCCUUGGUACGAAAGCCAGCUCGUGGUCUCCAAGAGCAAGGAGUCGGCCUACUUCGCCGAGACGCUCUGCAACGACCCCACGGUGACAGGGCCAGACUAUGUCAACACGCACGAGGGCAAAUAUUGCGACAUGACUGCUAGCGUCGUUUGGCCCCUAUGUGGCAGCUCUGUCGUGGAGGACUGCUUCGACUUGGAGGCACGAGAGGCGGUCGGCAAGAUCCCUGGCAAUGCCACCGACCUCGACAAGGUGGAUGCGAUGAACGGCCUCAUCGGUGCCGUCUAUCUUGGCGCGCCGGUCGUCAAGAAGCUGACCCGAGUUGUGUUUAUGAACGAUGGCUAG